AUGUCAGACCAGGCUGUGCUGGCUGGCGUGGCGCAGGCAUCGUCGCCAUCGGCGCUGCGGACAGAGGCCAUCGGGUUUCCCCUCGGCGACGCCUCGGCCCGCAUCGCUGCUCUCACCCAGCAGGUCACCCGCCUCCAGCGGACUGUCGUCCGCCAGCAGGAGAUCAUCUCUACACUGUCGGCGUCGCGGGGCGGCGAUCGCGGGAGCGACGUAUCAACGGCUAGUGGAGCCAUCAGCGGUGAUGGCGGAGCAGUGAGCGUCGAGGAUGUGCCGUCCGAGUACGCGGUCAUGGCCGAGUCACCAGCAGCGGCAUCCGAGGCGUUGCUGUUUGCCUCGCGCUCGGUCGCGCGCAACCGGUCUAUUUCGGGCGUGAUCAACACCAUCAUGUCGCGGUGCCGGCAGCUGAUCGGGUCGGACGUGGUCAACUUUUUCAUUCUUGACCACAAAACCCACGAGCUGUGGUCGGAGACCUCGCGCGGAGUGGACGAGAUCCGGUUUCCCAUCACCGCAGGCAUCGCCGGUUACGUGGCCCGGACCGGCAAAGUGGUCAACAUCGACGACGCAUACACCUCGCCGUUUUUCAAUCCCGAGUUUGAUCGCAAGACUCGGUUCCGCACCGGCUCGGUCCUCUGCCUCCCGGUCCGCGACGCCGACGGCGAGAUCCUCGGCGUGGCGCAAGCCAUCAACAAGCACGGCGCCCGUUCGUUCUCCCAGGCUGACAUCGACCUCAUCCACGCCUUUACCGCCCAGGUCUCAGUCUCGAUCUACAACGCCAUUUACAUCGACAAGCUCAACACGCUCCUCACCCAUCAGUCGACCGCGCCGGAGCGCGAGGCCGCCGACCUCGCCGCCAUUCUCCCGGACAUCCUCACCACUGCCGCAGACGUCCUUGAGGUCCCGGACAUCCGCGUCUUUCUGCUGGAGCGCUCGCUCGCCUCGGGCCUCGACCUCGAGUCGGACGCGCCGCCGACGGACGUCCCGCCGUCGGACGCCCAGCGUCUGGUGGCGCCGAUUCCGGUCCCGCUCGCGCUCGGCUCGGGCUCGGGCUCGCUGCCGGCCUCGCACGUUGCUUUCCCGGCCUCGCAUGGCCUUUCGGGCGUUGCUCUCGCCGAGCGGCGGACCGUUUGCCUCGCCGCGGUCUCACACGAGCCACUCUAUGAGCCGUACCUAGAGGGUCCGCCGCUGGCCUCGUCGUUCAUUGCCACACCGCUGCUCGACGGGCAGGGUCGCGCAGUCGGCGUACUCACUGCCGCCAACAAGUUUGGCGCCCGCAACUUUUCGUCUGGCGACCGCAUGCUUGUACAGUACGUUGCCAAUCGAAUCGAGGGCAUUGUCCAGCACUGCCGGCUUCUCUCGCAGGUUGUCGGCUCGGAGCGCCUUCUCCGCAACAUUGUGCACUCGCUCGACCAGGUCCUGCUCAUUCUUGACGACUCGGGCCGGCUUGUCCUCUCCAACCAUCGCAAGCAGACCGCCAAGCUCUUCCCCAACACAACCAUGGCGGCGCUCCGCUCCUCACACUACUCGGCAUGGAUGGACGUCGACGAGAUGCGCGCUGCCGUCGACGCCGUCCUCGACUCUGGCGUGUCGCAGGAGGCUGUCGACGUCGACGUUCGUGGCGCAGGCACCACCAUCAUCUCGUUCCGCGCCUCGCUCCUCCGCGAGGCUGACGGCGCCGUCCGUGCGAAGCGUGAGAUCACCCUCAACCGCUACCUCUCUCCGGCGGUGGCGAGCAAGGUGCUUGCAGACGAGUCGGCCACCAUCUCGCCAAUCAACACCCCGAGCCACGCCGUCCGCUCGCGUGCGUCAAUGACCCAGCCCGAGUGGGCCACCGCCACGGUGCUUUUUGCAGACAUCAUCGGCUUCUCAUCCAUGGCCGAGUCAAUGGACGCUCCGCACGUCGUGGCGCUCCUCAACGACUACUUCCCGCCCAUGAUCGACGUCGUCCUCGAGCGUGGCGGCGUGCUCGACAAGCUCAUCGGCGACUGCGUCAUGGCUACCUUUGGCGUCCCCUACCCUACGCCUACAGACGCUGUCGACGCUGUCGACGCCGCGCUCGACAUGCUCGACAGCAUCGAUGCCUUCAACAUCCGCCGCUGCCGCGACGGACUCGACUCGGUCCAGGUCGGCAUCGGCCUCCACACUGGGAAGGUUGUCGCUGGUAACAUCGGCUCACUCGACCGCAUGGACUACACCGUUGUGGGCGACAAUGUCAAUCUCGCGUCGCGAACGGAGAUGCUGACCCGGACCUACGGCGUCCCGCUGCUCGUCACCGAGGCCACCCUUUCCGCUGCCGGCCUCCCGCUCGAGACCGGGGGCGCCGACGACCCAAGCCCGUCGCCGGACAAGCUUGUCCGCCUUGUUGACCGCGUACGGGUCAAGGGCAAGACCACCACGGUCCGGGUCUUCCAGGUUGCCCGCACCAAGCCAUCGGUCCGUGACAUGUUUGCAGGCUACACCAGCGCGUACAAAGCGUACCAGUCGCGCGAGUUUGAUGCGGCGCAGCAAGCGUUUGCCCGGCUCGCCGAGGACCACGACGAUCGGCCGUCGGCUGUCAUGGCUGCACGGGCCAGCCACUUUGCGGCUGCCCUCGCGGCUGCGUCCGAGGCGGGCGCCGACCCGGCUGAUGCGGCAGCGGCACGUUCUGGUGCACUCGCAGCAGCAGGGUGGAACGGCGGCGUCUGGGUCAUGACCUCCAAGUUUUAAGGCGUCAGCUCAACCGUCGAGCGCGGCGCGCAGCUCCCGCGAGACCGCAUCGGGUGGCGCAGCGCCCUUUGUGGCCUUCAUGACAUGGGCAACCAGGAAACCAAGCGCACGCUUGUUGCCCGACUUGUACUUGGCAACAGCGUCCGGAUGGGCGGCAAGCGCGUCGGCGCACAGUGCGCUCAACGAGUCUGCCGCCAGCGGCGCGAGGCGCCAGCCGCGGGCGUCGAGAACGGCGUCGACGGCGGCAGGGCUUGCCUCACGCUCGCCGGCUCGAUGCAGCUCAAGAAAGACGCUGCGCGCGACCUUGCGCGAGACCUCGUUGCUCGCUACUAGCUCAAAGAUGCGCGCCAGGACGCUCGGGCGGACCACUGCGUCGGCCAUGGAUGGUUGCGGCGCGCCGCCGAGCCGGCCGUAGUACUCAUUGACAAUAAAGUCUGCAACCGGC